CAGCCUUUCCUUUGUGCAGCCUGAGAGAGGAACUCCUUGCCUUGUGCUCAUUUUCUCCAAGAGGAAACAAUGGCCAAGUUCUGGUUGUGUGCAGCUGUUGGAUUGUACUUGUUGCAGCUUUGUCUAGCCCAGAUAAGUUUAAAUAUAAGUUGCAGAUAUGCAGGAGUUUUCCAUGUUGAGAAAGAUCGGCGCUACAGCCUCACCAGAGAAGAGGCCGUUGAACUUUGCAAGGCCCUCAACAGUACUCUGCCAACAUGGGAGCAGAUGGAGCAAGCUUUCAAUCUGGGAUUGGAAACCUGCAGAUAUGGUUACAUUGAAGAAAAAAUAGUGGUUCCACGACAUACCCCUUAUCCUCUCUGUGCUGCAAAUACCACUGGGAUUUAUGUACUUCAGUCAAAUAUAUCUGACCGUUAUGAUACGUAUUGCUUCAAUUCAUCAGAAACAAGAGACAAAGAUUGCGAUUCAGUGACAGAGUUAUAUUCGUCUUGGCCAGAUGAUCAGAGCAUCGUAGAAAUUUCCAAUGCUGAUGGAACCCGCUACAUUGGGGGAAGGUCAGUCACAGAUCCGCCACCAGUUACUGAUGAUGACAGUAGCAUGGGCAGUGGCUCGGCAAAUGACAGAGGAACAACCGAUCCCAAUGUUAUCAAACCUGACGUCUUCUCCACCAGCUUCAAUGAAGAUGAGGCUGAAUUUCCAUAUGAUGUUCAUCCAACAGAUGACGUUAUCUCACCAAGACCUGAUGAUCCAGAGGACCACAAUUCAAAACAUGGUUACGAAGGCCCGCAUCACAAAAACACUAGUAAGGGUGGUGGUGGAAAUUUUCAUGGGAAACUUAACAUGGUGACAACAGAUUUGAUUUUACAAGAUGGCAAUGCAGAAGAGGUCUCCACAUCAGCAAUUCUCAAACAAGUCACAGCUCCAGGAUGGGACACAAAUGAAAUUGAGGAACAAUAUGCUUCAACAACUAAGGGAGAGGUCAGAUAUUCAGCCAAUGACACAAGAGAUGAUACGCUACCUGGAACUGUUCCUCCAGGUGAUGGUGAACAUGAUUCUACAGGCACAAUAUUGGAAUUGAUUAAAAACAUCAUCAUAACAGCUGUGUCGUCCAGUGGUAAUUUCUUCAAGCAGGAAGUAUCAACGCCACAUCCACUAGAGGGUGCUCAUUCUGGAUUGGAUGCUGAAGCUGCAUUUCCUGCAAACACGACAUCGGAUAAUUUGCCUCUGGGACUUGUCCCCUCAGAUGAAAAAGAAAACAGUCUGGACGAAGAAGCUUUUCAUGCAGCAAUGUUCGUCAAUGGAAGUGCCAAAGAUGAAGAAUUAUAUCAAGAUCAGUUAUUACCGGUUGGUAAACCUGGAGGGAGGAGAGGAAAAGGUUCUUCCACAAAUAGAACAAGCCAUGGUGUGGUACAAAUACUUAUUCCUCCAAGUGGGAGUGAUCAUGAAAACGAAUCUGCUGAAACAGUUGUACUGUCUACUGAUGGCACUAGCCAAGAAGACAGUGAUCAUGAUCAUUUUGGCUGUGACAGUGAAAACAGUUAUCCUAAAAAUGCAUCUAGAGAUGUCAUACCUGCUUUUAUUUAUGUAAAUGAAAGCAAGAAUGAAAAGGAUUUGGAAACAGAUCACACAACUGUACCCUCCGGUGGUGACACUAACUUUGAAGACUCUACUCGUGACAUAAUAUUGCAUAGGGAACACUCAGACUGGGAUAGUGAAGAUAAAUAUCCCACAAACACAUCUAGAAAUCGUUCAGUGCCUUCAGUCAAAAGUGAACAGGAAAAUGAACCAACACAUACAGUUGUGAUCUCCAGUGAUGGGGCUGAGCAUGAAGUCUCUAUUCAAGAUUCAGCGAACCACAGACCAGAUCCUGGCUGGGAUGGUGGAGAAAGGCAUCAAGCAAAUGAAUCUACAGAUAAUGUGGUACUUGGAAUCACCUUGCCAGCUGAACAUGCACAUGAAAAGGAAACCUUACAUACAGUUGUGGAUUCCAUUGAUGAAACCAAACAUGAAGAGGUCACUGAUCAUCUCGCAGUGCAUGAUGUGCAGCAUGAAUGGGGUAGAGAAGAUGAGUAUACAACAAACAGUACAAAGAAUGAAGAAGGAUUUGCAAUUUUUCCUCCACCAGAGAACAAUAAUGAAGAGAAAGUCUUUCAUACAGCUGUCAUCCAUAACAAUGAUGCUCAUAAUGAAGAUGCAACGCAAGAGCCAUUACUUCCUGUUCAUCAGCCAGGUUGGGACACAGAAGAAUAUUCCACUAGUACUUCUAGCGACGAUAUACCGAUGGGAGUUAGUGCAAACAGUGGAAGUGAACAUGAUCCCCUACACACAGAUGUGGUCUCCCAUGAUGGGACCAAAGAUGAAGAUUCAACCCCAGAACCAGUGAAGCAUGAUAGUGAAGACAAGUAUUCUACAAAUUCCACAGAGGGUGUUUUGCUUCCUGGAAUUGUUCCUCGGAGAGGGACAAGUCACAAAAAUAAUACUUACUAUACAGGCGUUGACCCCAAUCAACCUGAAAACAAAGGGUCACAGCAGGAAGGUUCAACACCAAAAUCCCAGCCUCGAGCUGCUCAGCUUCCAGAAUGGCUGAUCGUAGUUGCUUCUCUCUUGGCCCUGGCCUUGAUACUUGGUGUUUGCAUUGCUGUGAACAGCCGAAGAAGAUGUGGGCAGAAACAAAAGCUUGUGAUCAACAACGGCAAAGGGGUGGUGGAUAACAAAAACACUGGCGGACUGAAUGGAGAAGCCAGUAAAUCUCAAGAAAUGGUACAUUUGGUACAUAAAGAGCACCCAGAGGACCAAACAGGGCCACACGACGAAUUCCUGCAAAUUGAUGAAACAAACAACCUACAAGACGUGGACUUGAAGAGUGGUGUGUAAGCUGCCCAUGUUAUUCCAGCUGAACCAGAGUUGGCAAAAUAAAAAUUUGCAUGGAACUGGGACUAGAACUCACAAAUGCAAUGUGCUACUGAUGUCUUUUAAGCAUAAUUAAGCAUACAUUUUUUCGCUCUCUCUCUCUGUUUUGAUGGUCAGGUACAAGACGAAUAUGUCAUUUUUCUCUGCCCUGCAUUGCAUAAUUUUGCCCAGUCCUAAUU